AUGUUCCGCUUGCCGUACGAGCGCCACAGGACGCUCUCGCAAGGCUCAGUUGCCGCGGGUCUCCGCGUAGUACACCAUGCGGCUGUCUCGCCGGUCCCACAGGGCCACGACGACAUGGUUGCCCGACUCGAGAACGGCUGGAAGGGGCUACGAGACGUCAAGGGGUUCAAACAAGAGCUUGAGGUCCGCAUCAAGGCGUUCAUCAUGAAGGUCGACAAGAGCAAGAGCAGGCAGUACCGGAACUCGAUUCCAGGCGCGAACGAGCCUUGGAAGGGCGAGAUUCUCUUUCCCCCAAUCAAGAAGGACGGCUCGCCAAAAGAUCCUAUAGCCAUCCUAAACGCCGAGAUCCUGCAGAACGUCGAGUGCAACAACGCCCAGGUCCCCGUCGCGACCAUCCCAGCCGGCAAUACUCGCCACCCCGUCACAAUCAAGCGAAAGGAGGGCAACCCGGACGAAUGGCAUUAUCGGCGGGGCUGGAUGAACGACCGCGGCGGGUUCAGCUUCACCCUCUGGACCCUGCGAUACACAGGACUUGAAGGCGAACGCUUCUUCGAUGUCAUGUUCGCUGAGCGGCACAGCGGCGCGAUGCCCCCAAUCUAUGGCGUCCCUCAGGCAAGACGUUCGGCGCCUCCUCGCCCUACGCCUUCCCGUGACGCUCCCCCAGGCUACACCACGCCUCAAUCUGCGCUCCCUCCUUCCGGGGAACCCCCACCUUACAGCUCCCCACGGCCUUCCCUCGAGAACACGAUCCGCUCUUUCGGCCACCGUCGCGCAUCCUCGGGGCAUUCCGAGACGGAAGCGGGACCGUCCCAGCCCCGAGGACAAAUGCCGGAGCCGCCUUCUCGUCGAGCCUUUUCGUUUGCUCCACACGACAAGUCAAACCCGCACGAGUCGGCGGCCUCGGCAGACGCAGGAGCUAGCUCGAACGUUGAGCAGGCGGUGGAUCGGCGAGUCGCGGGUGUUGCGAAUCGAGGCGACUUCACCGCGAUUCCGCCGGCGUUUGGCGACCGUCGGCAAGACAUGCAUAUGCAGGUUGGCGAGUGGCACGAAGGGGAUAUGGACUUGCUCGAGACGAGGGUCCGCGCUUUCAUCGCGUUCUACACGGUUCGCGUCGCGGGCUACCAGUGGACGUACCGAGGAAAGACCUCGCGUGACCAAGAUGUCUACUUCACAUCAAAGCUCGUCCAUGGUCAGGAGCCAGACUCGGUCCAUCUCGUCGAGAUCACCGCGCACCUCUCCGGCGUGUGGACGCCCAUCAAGCCCGAGAAGCGCGAGGCGACCAGCACAAUCUCGGCCUUCUUCGAUGACAUCGUCAUGCUCGCUUUCGCCUUGCCUGGCGCGACGAUCGCGUCCGAUCCGAGAAGCGCAGAGGACGAGCCUGUUCACUCGUCGCAUCCGAGGGUCGUGAUUCCGGUUCGCCUGUAUGGUGGGUCGAACAAGUACCGCAUUCCCCCCGCUCUGCGUCGCCCGCUCCAGCACGCCUCAGACGACAUCUGGGACUUCUCCUCUCGCAUUGGCCCCCUCCUCCCCGGCUCCGAGAUGCCCCAUCUCCCGCUCCGCACGACCUGGACCAUGAAAUCCGCCGACUCGUCGCGCAAGAGCCCGACCAUUGUCGUUCAUUUCGCCAAGGACCAGAAGCACUUUCCGAUCGCACGGGAGUUGGCUCAGCAAUGGACGACGUUCAGUAUGGGUUCGGGCGUCCUGAAGGGGAGGAAUCGCCGGCGAGAGGAGGAGGAGAGGGCGUUCGAGUAG